UUAUCUGCAUUUUCCAAUGUAAUGUUAUACCAACCACCAACUUCAUAUCUGCCAUUAUCUGGACUCUCAAGUCAUGGGACAAGUCUUGGACAAAUUCCACGGGAAGGAAUGGAGAAAGGAACAGACUAGGAAAAUUAGCGAUAAGGUUUAUGAGCGUAUCAAAGUUCAAUCAGGAGCUACUUUAAGUUUUGAAAAUCUAUAUAUUGCUGUCCUACUUGUGUACAAUGAUAUUAAUAAGUGUUUACCCGGACCACACUUCGAUCCACCUUCGAAAGAGCAAGUCAGAUCAAUGAUGGAGGAGUGUGACUUCAACCUUGAUGGAGAACUUGAUCAUGAAGAAUUUGUCGAAUUCAUUCAACUUCUCACAACCGACACGUUUAUUGUCGUUAGUCAGGGACUGAUUGUCACUUUGGUUGUUGCUCCAACUGUUGCCAUGGCGACGAAGAAGGCUACUGAGGGUGUUCCUGGUGUUGGGAAAGUGGUGCAGAAGUUACCCAAUUCGAUUUACGCAUCCCUUGUGACCCUUACAGUCGUUUGGUUUAAAACUUCACGUGGAACGGUUUAGUCGAGCAUCACAUAUUUUUCUGCCAAACUACCAUCUAUGUAAACGAGGUGAGAUCUUAGUUUGUAUAGAAUGUCUUUCAUGUUGGCUUAAUUAUCAGAAGUACAGUGUUUCUGAAACUUCUUUGUACAAGAAUCAUUAAUUUGU